CUCAACGUGAACGUGUCGUAUAAAAGUAGCUCCUAAAAAUAAAAAAAUCUUCAAAUUUUGAAGGGUAGUAGUUAAAUAAAUAUUUCAAAUCUCCUAAAGGAGUUGUUAUCUAUUAAGAAGUAGAGUCUUCAAUAAGAAGUUUUCGAAAGCCUGACUUACCUGAUUUGAAUCUAGAAACCUGAAAGACACUCUGAUCUUCAGGAGCAAGUCACCAAGCCAGUCACUUGAUUCAAAAGCCAAAAUGCCAGUUUCAUUUAGGCCAACUGGACUUGCAGGCUUCUGGGCGACCUCUGUACGUCUGUUCUUCAGUGCCCUGUACCUAUGGCUUCUGAUGCACGCCGCGGCCAUCGUGGCCAUUCCCAUUGAGCGUUAUGACAGCAAGGAGUGGUCCAACUACUUAACCUUUGACAUCUCCUAUAGAACUCUUCUUGGCUUCGAUCUGAAGGCCGAGCUCUACAUCACCACCUUGAUGGGAUCACUUUUAUACACCCUAUGCCGUUGCUGUCGCCGCAACAUGGAUCGCCCCAUUGUCCUUAAUUAUCGGAUCUACAUCUUCUUGGCUCCGUACCUUCUGUCGUUCAUCGUCUACUGGACCAUUAGCACUGGAAUAAUAAGCUAUGGCUUAUUCCGUAUCGUUUACCACAGUCAGAACAAUUUAUGGAUCAUAAUAACCCAAUUUAUACUGGGCAUCCUAUUCAAGCUUCUGAUCUUUUCCAACUACUACUCGACCUGUGUACGGUCUCGUGCCAUUCUGAAGGUGUUGGAGACCGAGGGCCCUGAACGAGAAGCAAUCCUGAACCUGAGAACACAUGCCACGCAUUUGAAUUUUUUUUUUCGUUUGUAAACCACUUUUUGAAAUCAGUUGAGAUUAUAUUAUAUACUAAUA